CCUGCUAACUUGCAACUGAUGCAUCAAAACAUCCUUACAUGACAAACAGAUGGACUGGCAAAGGUCAACAUGCAUAAAAGAACCGUCUCCGACUACAGCCGUCUUGCCUUGAAAUUGCGCGUUCGCUCGUGUGCGUGCGUGCGUGGAGUGGAUGAGGGAGAAGGGAAGGGGAGGUCGUAAAGGUAAACGCCCACUUUUUGGAAGCGGAAGAUGGAGAUCUGUGUUCGCCUGCUGCCGUAAACUGGAAGCCUAUUUGGUUUGAGCUCCAUAUUUCGGUGGCACAUCUGCAGUCAUGAUAGGCUGCAGUGAACUGCUGCAGCGGCGGCGGCUGUGAGGAGAGUCUCCCCCCGUCAUGCAGACAUGGAGCGCUCGGUAAACAGCUGUUGGGAACAUCGAGCCGACAUGUGUUGAUCCGUCGAACUAUGGCGAACUGUUGAAAGGUGUCUCUGCUGCCAUGGAGGUGGGUAGUCUCCCCGUGGAGCUCUGGAGGGUUAUCUUGGCUUACCUCCCCCUCCCUGACUUGGGCCGCUGCUGCCAGGUGUGCCGUGCCUGGAGGGAGCUCAUCUUCUCACUUGAUAACACCCGCUGGAGGCAGCUCUGCCUGGGCUGUCCCGAGUGCCGGCAUCCCAACUGGCCCAGUCAGCCCCACCUGGAGCCCCCGUCCUGGAGGGAGGCCCUGAAACAGCACGCUCUCGCCACCCGCACCUGGACCAGAAAUGGACAGGAGCUCCAGUCUUCUGCCUGCCUGCUCUUUUUCCGCAGACGAAAGGAUCGCAGGGUUUGGCAUGUGGGCCCCGGGUGUGAGUUUGAGACCCUGCGAGGGGCUCUUGGUGUGGUGGGGCCAUACGACCGUGUGGUCCUCCAUCCAGGGGUGUAUGAAGAGCAGGCGGAAGUGGCACUGAAAGUGCCUGUGGAGCUGGUCGGUGUGGGGCGACUGGGUGAAGUGGCCCUCCUGGUUUGCAUUGAGCAGCAGUGCCCGACUGCCAGGCUGUGUAACCUGGUGUUUAUGCCACCCUGGUUCUCCACUGUUGUCUACAAGACAUCAUGGGGUCAUGUCCAACUCGAUAACUGCAAUUUUGAGGGAGCCCAGCUGCAAAUCCGUGGCCCCGGGACGUGCCAGGCUCGAUUUUGCUCUUUCUCCCAGGGCAGCUCUGCCCACUUGCUGGGUGUUGUCCUCAGUUUGUUGGACAGCUGUGAUUUCUCUGGAAGUGACACGGCUUCUGUGACUGUGGAGGGUCCUCCGGCAUCAGAAAGGAACUGGGCUUGCAAGCACUUGGCCGCUCUGGCUAGGUCAUUCCCGUCUCAGUCCAGCAGCACUCCCAGAGGUGACGAAGGCAGCUCCAACGAUAAGCCUGACCCUCCUGGUGGUAAUUUACAAAAGGAGAACAUAAGCAUGGAGGACUGGAAGAGACGGACCGGUGGAGAUGCAGUGUGUCGGGGCACGGUUAUUGAAGAUCCCUGGAGUGACGGCGAGCACAGCGAUGGAGAGGAGGAGAACCAGGAAGGAACUAACACCAACAAGAAGCUCUUUACGCUGGAUUACAAAAUCCUUUAUGACCACCAUGGGCUAUCCCAUUUACUGAAGCCUCGGGCGGAUGGCUCUCUGCCUCUUGCCUCCUCACCCAACCCUCCAUCUGUGACCCCUGAACCUCUCACCCUGCAGCAGGAGCUAGACAGGGACCCCGAGGCUCAGAUGCUGGCAUCAUCAAUCCUCGGCUGCAUCCUGAGGCGCUGCCUGUUUAGGGACGGGAAGGGGGGUGUACAUCUGUCAAACUAUGGGCAAGCUCGACUAGAGGAAAACUUAUUCCGCAGCCUGAACUACGCCGUCCGGUGCAUCCAGCAUUCCACAAUUGUGAUGCUAAGAAACGAGGUGUGCGAGUGCCGUGCUUCAGGUGUGUUUCUGCGCCUAUCUGCUCAGGGCCUCAUCGCAGAAAACAACAUCCACUCGAAUGGGGAGGCCGGGCUGGACAUCCGAAAGGGAGCUAACCCCAUCAUCCUGUGCAAUAAGAUACACAGCGGUUUGCGUUCUGGUGUUGUUGUUCUUGGCAAUGGGAAAGGUUCAGUUCGGAGCAACCUGAUCUAUAACAACAAAGAAGCUGGUGUGUACAUUCUCUUUAGUGGGAAUCCAGUGGUGAGUGGAAAUUGCAUCUUCCAAGGCCAGGCAGCAGGAAUUGCUAUAAACGAGAAUGGCAGAGGGCUGAUAACAGAAAAUGUGAUAAGAGAGAACCAGUGGGGAGGAGUGGACAUCCGCAGAGGAGGUGACCCAAUACUGAAGAACAACUACAUCUGUUACGGCUACUCCGACGGCGUGGUGGUGGGAGAGAGGGGGCGUGGACUUAUUGAGGGAAAUCAUGUAUACUGUAAUAAAGGCUGUGGCGUGUGGGUUAUGUCAUCCAGCCUCCCCCAGCUUUUGGGGAACUACAUCAUUCAUAACUGUAUGUACGGACUGGCGGUGUUCUGCAGGAAGGAUCCAGACAACAUUGAAGCCAGGGAGGGGAACUGGCCUGGACAGGAAGGGAUGGGUGGAGACGUGGCCAAUGGGGAAAGGAGAGGAGUUGUUGAAGGAGAGGCCAGGGAAGGGCAGGAGAACUUCAAUGAAGAGGGGGAACUGUUCGCUUGGGAGAGUGAUCUGGACAGCGAGGAUGAGCGGCACUCUGCUCGGCGCUCUAUCAGCGUGGCGCUAAUGGAGGGCAACUGUGUGAGCUACAAUGGAGCGGUUGGCCUGUACGUGAAGAGCAGCGAGGCCCUGAAUGUUUUUGCAAACCUUAUGAACAGAAACUGCGGCCCGGGCGUUGCUGUGCUGCAGAGCACUCAGCUGACCCGGCUCGUUACUAACUGUAUUGUCGAAAAUGGCCGGGGUGGCGUUACAGUGGAGAAGGACUGCAGAGUGGAGCUCCGUGGUAACGGCAUCUAUGAAAACAGUGGCCACGGUGUCAGGUUUAGUGGCAGCGGGCAGAUAGUGGAGAAUGAUGUGGUCAGUAACUGUGGAUACGGCAUCCAGGUUUCUGCAAGCACAGAUAUUAAGGUGGUUCGUAAUCGUGUCCAACCAGCACAGGGUUGUGGUAUUGCUCUGCUGGGCCCAGUAAAAGGUGUCGUCCAUGACAACAUCCUGUUUCAGGGUCAUCCAGAAAACAAGAAGCCACUCCUACACACAGAUGCUGGAAAUGAAACCUGCGUGUUGCGUAACAACAGUAUUCUAAGGUUUAAUAACAGUGGUGCAUCUUCCCCACCAUGGGUUCUAGAAAACCCGCCUCCUCGCCCUUUGGCCAGCUCCCCUACUGGCCUCUCAUCCUCCCAGUAUCCUUCACGGCUUGGGAUUUCCAUGACAACCAGAGUUGGCGCUGCCGUAGAGAGCGGAUGUCACAGCGGCAGCAUGUUCUGCUCCAUCCUGUGAAUUAACGGCCAAGCAUGCACAAACCGAAGUAUGU